UAGAGCGGUCGGUUGCUUUUUCUUCUCAGCGGCGCACGAGUCGCGCUGGAGCGGCCCGCGCGCUUGCCGCAGGAACCAGCUCCAGGCGCUGGCGCCGGGGCCGCGGGGAGGAAGCGGCUUCGCUCUCUGCAGCGGGCGCGGCCCUGGGCACCGCCAGCCUCCUGAGCUCUGGGAGCUGCGGCCUCUCGGUGCGCGGUAGGCGGCGCGGGACCCCGACGACCCGGCAAUACUGAGUGCUUCCCAACCUUUGGAGAUCGCCUAGGAACCUUCCUCAGGAGUUCUGUGCGGCCCUGAGUAGAGCUCCGGAGUCAACACCCAACAUUGAUGAGUUUGCCUUGGGAGUCAGUGAGAAGGUGAAAUCAAAGGCCACCAUGGGUCAGAAGGUCACGGGAGGAAUCAAGACUGUGGACAUGCGGGACCCCACAUACCGGCCUCUAAAGCAGGAGCUCCAGGGUCUGGAUUAUUGCAAGCCCACCCGGCUGGACCUGCUGCUCGACAUGCCGCCCGUGUCCUAUGACGUCCAGCUGCUCCACUCCUGGAACAAUAAUGACCGUUCGCUCAAUGUCUUCGUGAAGGAAGACGACAAGCUGAUCUUUCACCGGCAUCCGGUGGCCCAGAGCACGGACGCUAUCAGGGGCAAAGUUGGGUACACACGUGGACUGCAUGUAUGGCAGAUCACAUGGGCCAUGAGGCAACGAGGCACGCAUGCCGUGGUAGGGGUGGCCACAGCGGAUGCCCCUUUGCACUCUGUUGGGUACACAACCCUUGUAGGAAAUAACCAUGAGUCCUGGGGCUGGGACUUGGGGCGUAACCGUCUCUACCAUGAUGGCAAGAACCAGCCAAGUAAAACAUACCCAGCCUUUCUGGAGCCAGAUGAGACAUUCAUUGUCCCAGACUCCUUUCUUGUGGCCCUGGACAUGGAUGAUGGGACCUUGAGUUUCAUCGUGGAUGGACAGUACAUGGGAGUGGCUUUCCGGGGACUCAAGGGUAAAAAACUGUAUCCUGUAGUGAGUGCCGUCUGGGGCCACUGUGAGAUCCGAAUGCGAUACUUGAAUGGACUUGAUCCUGAGCCCCUGCCACUCAUGGACCUGUGCCGGCGUUCGGUGCGCCUAGCACUAGGAAAGGAGCGCCUGGGUGCCAUCCCCGCUCUGCCGCUACCUGCCUCCCUCAAGGCCUACCUCCUCUACCAGUAACCCACAUCCCAGGACCACCAUACGACAGCCACCUGGUGCCAACUCACUGAGCCGUCGGGGUCCACUGACCCCCCCCCCCCCGAGCCUGCGAUGGAUGCCCACCCUCAGCCAUGGGCAGACGUGUCCUCUCAUCCCACCAGCCGCCUCUGCGGGGUGAACCAAUGCCAACGGAUUUCUCUCCUCCUCCCAACGCUGGCUGAAGCAGCAGCAUCCAGGCCCUUCCCUGAACCAGAUGCAGAGAAUAAACUAUGGAUGCCUCCUUGGGCGCUGUCUGCUCUCAGGCGGAGUGGGCCGCUCCCCCACUCCCUGCAGAGGGUCCGCAGCCACCCGGGGGACCUGGGAGGUGAGGCUAGGGGGAGAUGCCAGGGCUCCAGGGCAGAUUCCGAAAGCAGGAAUGGCCAGGCCCAGGCCUGGGCCCCAUGGAUAAAGCUCAGGAUGUCAAUACCGUGGACACUGAGACAAGAUACCGGGAUGAGCCUCCCUUGGGCCAGUGAGUGCCAGCUUCAGCGCCAGCUGUUGGUGCUCUGUGCCCUGUAUUUAUUAUUCAGACAGUAACAAAGGCCACUUAUUUAUUCCGUUUAGAAAGGGAGCCCCCUGGGGUCACUUUCCUUGGUGUGUUCUAUUACUUUCUCCCACCUGCCACCCCACCUGGGAUGUGUGUGCCAUACCUGUCCUUCUCCCGGGACAUGCCUGUGGCAUAUGAGCUAUUGAGCACAGAUACAAGUGUGUCGUUGUGUAGAUCCCUCAACCUGAUGUCCAAGGAGCUCUGCACCAGGCCGCCGAGCAGGCCCCAAGGAGACUUAGAGGCCUGUGCAAGUCCCCGUGUCCCCAGGUAGCUGCUUUCCUUGGGCAGUCAUAUAUCAUUUGCACAUUUGGGUCUCUGGUCUUCCAUGAUUUUUGAGCUUUGCACCUGAUUUUUCUGAUAUUUCCCACUAGUGGCCGCAGAAGCUCUAGGCCUGGAGGAUCGUCAGACAAACAAGCGUGAGUGGGCUCUCCAACCCUGGGAAGCCAUAGAGGCAAGACAGGAUAAGAGAAACUAGAGCAGAGUGGAGCAUCAUGAAAAGCCUGUGCCCUCGCCUCAGGCUAACGACCCUAGCGCACACACCCUCAAGCCUCAGAAGUGGGUGCAGGACAGCCCCAGGGGUGCCUGUCCCCAGCAGCACCCUCAUGGAGUACCCCAGCCCCUGCUCCUGCUCUCUCACCCUUUCUUUUACUUUAAAGCAACUCCCUAAGUAGGGUGUGUAGCCCAGAUGGUAGAGUGCUCACCCAGCAGCAUACCGGAAGCUCAGGUUCCAUCCCUCCAACCCCCGCCCCCCACUCCCCACCCCUGCACCAAGGAAAAUCAGGCAAGGUGUGAAAUACCUGUGAUCCCAGCAUUCAGGAGGCAGAGGCAGAAGGACUGGAGUUCAAUGGCAUACUGAGUUUGUGGCCGCCCCGGGCUAUAGUAAACCUUGUCCUUAAAAAAGAAAAAGAAAGAAAAGAAAUCAACUCCCAUUGAGUCCCAGUUCUGCUCAUUUCUGCACAGGUACAAUAGAUAUCUUUAUUUGUUGAAAAUGUUUAAUAUAUUUACAUAUAUAUAUUUGUAAGAAUCAUUUUAAGCAGCUGCUGUAGGGUACCUUUUUUUUAAUCUCCCAGUGGAGUAUAAUUUUUAAAGCACAAAACCGGUGCCAAGACUAGAUAAAGUAAAUUACUCCCUUAUAUUUUGAUGGUUUUUUCCUGUCAGACUGUAAACUUCUACUUGUUCCAGUUUUGGAGUGGAUCAUAUGCAGUUGUACAGAUCCCGGCCUGUCCUCUUGAUCCAGGGCUACCCCAGGGGCCCUGGUCAAGGGCCAGGCUCUCCUGCAUCCCCCGUCCUCCAUUGCCCCAGGACUGACCACCCCUUGCCGCUCUCCCGUCAGCAUAAAGCCUUGUGGCCUGUAUAGUUCUGAAAGCCCAUUCUGUUCUAUUUUACGAUGAUUCAUAACAAUAACCUAAUAAACAAAAGUUUGUUAAAAUAUGAAA